AACUGUCGCUAACCUCCAAAAAGCGUUCGCAGCGGAGUUUGUAAACAAAAAUCUUGUUCAAUUUUUCGGGACGCCCAAAAGUUCGUUAAUGUCUCCGAUAAAAAUAGUGGUUUCGUGGUGAUUUUGUGUUUUUCGGUUGAUUAAUUGUGUUUUCGUGCGUUCGCGAGUGCACUGGAAAGAAGAAAUGAGUAAAAACAAGCGCCGCUCGGGCGGAGGAGCGGCCGAACAACCUCCGCCAGCAGCUCAGCAGCAACCUCCGGCCGAAGCGAUGGAAGUGGACAUCGACGACGAUGCCAAUCUGUCCGAGGAUGAGGAAGGAGGAACCCGUGUCGGAGGAAUUUACAUUCCGCCGCCGGUGCCACCGUACUGCUCGACGGAGUGCAAAGGGCCCCGGUUAAUCAUCACGCACAUAUCGAACUACAACUUCAAAAGCUACGCCGGUCAUGUGAUGCUGGGUCCGUUUCACCAGCGCUUCUCGGCAAUUAUCGGCCCCAACGGAAGCGGCAAGAGUAACGUGAUCGAUUCGAUGCUCUUCGUGUUCGGCUACCGAGCGCAGAAGAUUCGCUCGAAGAAGUUGUCCGUUUUGCUGCACAGUUCGUCAAAGCAUCCGAACACGAACAGCUGCUCGGUCGGGGUGCAUUUUAAGCAGAUCGUUGACAAAGAAGACGGUUCGUUCGAGUCGGUUCCGAAUUCGGAGUUUGUGGUGGCCCGGACGGCGUUCCGGGACAACUCUUCGUAUUACACGGUGGACAACAAGAGGGUACAUUUUAAAGAGGUAUCAAAGCUGCUGAAGCAACAUGGAAUCGAUUUAGACCACAAUCGGUUUCUGAUUUUGCAGGGCGAGGUAGAAUCGAUUUCAAUGAUGAAACCGAAAGCAAUGACCGAAAACGAUUGCGGUCUGCUGGAGUACCUGGAGGAUAUUGUGGGAACGACGAGGUACAAACAACCACUGGUGAAGAUCAACGAGCGAGUGGAACUGUUGAACGAGGAACGAACGGAAAAGCACAACCGGUGCAAGUUGGCCGAACGAGAGAUGAAGGAUCUCGAGAAGCCAAUGCACGAAGCCGUGGAGUAUUUGAAGUUGGAAAAUUCGUUGACUAGGACGAAGAACCAACAGAUUCAGAAGUACAUCAGCGAACAGAAGAAGAAAAUAGCUGAGUUGGAGGUCGAGCGGGAGCAGGCGGGAGGAAUUCUCAAAAAGCACGAUGAUACGUAUGAGGCUUUGAAGAAGGAACGUGUUGAGAAAGAACAUUUAGUGAAAGAGGAAAUUAAACAGUAUGAUGGAUUGGUCAAGAAAAAGGACGACAAGGAAGCUGCCCUGAAGGCGUCUUUGGCGAACUAUACAAAAGUACAAGCAAACAUGAAAGCGACCAACGAUCGACGUAAAAAGACGAAGGAUCAAAUCGAGUCGGAAAAGAAGAAGCUUCUGGAGUUGAAGGAAAUUCCGGAAAAGAACGCCAAGGAAAUUGCCGAAUCCGAGAAGAAGAUCGAGUCCUUGUCUAAACAGAAAACCGAUAUUGAAGCCAAAUUGACGGAAAAUCUCGCAACGUUGAAAGACGAGACCAAAGUUCUGCUGGAAGAGAAGGAGAAACUUCAAACGGAGUUGAUAGAUCUGAAGAAAGCAGUGGACGAUUCCAAAUCCGCCCUCUCUUUGGCCGAAUCGGAACUGAAAAUCUGCCAGCACAACGAAACAACGGAAAAGCGCAAGCUUGAAACGCUUAAGUACUCCUUCGAAGAUUCAAACAAAACCUUCCAGGAGAAGCAAGCGCGGUUGCAGGAACUAGAAAAGAAUCUCCCUCAACUGCGAACGGACCUGCAAACCGCCAAGGGGAAACUCCAGGAAAACGUAAACGAAGAGAAGGAACUCCGAGGUCAGCUGCGCGCCGUCCAAGGAAAGCUGCAGGAAUCGAUGCAAGCCGCGCAAUCCACGCGGUCACAGGGCAAAGUGCUGGACGCUCUUAUGAAGCAGAAAAACGAAGGCCGAAUACCGGGUAUUUUGGGACGGUUGGGCAACCUGGGUGGAAUCGAUUCCAAGUUUGACGUGGCUAUUUCGACGUGUUGCGGUCAUCUGGACUUCAUUGUGGUGGAAACGGUCAAUACGGCGCAGGCCUGUAUCGACUACCUGAAGAAGUCGGACAUCGGACGGGCAUCGUUCAUUGCGCUGGAGAAGAUCCAACAGUACGCGCAGUACUGUAACCGGCAGAUUCAAACCCCGGAAAAUGUGCACCGCCUGUUCGACCUAAUCCGAGUGGAAGACGAACGAGUCCUGCCGGCGUUCUACUUUGCCCUAAGGGACACGCUAGUGGCCGAGAACCUGGACCAAGGUCAACGGAUCGCCUACGGUGCCAAGAGGUACCGUGUGGUCACGCUGGGUGGCGAUGUCAUCGAAACAUCCGGUACCAUGUCCGGUGGUGGUCGAUCGAUGCAACGAGGCCGCAUGGGCACCAAGGUACAAACCAAGACGUCCGCCUCCGAUACACCCAAGUCCAACAAGGAGCUGGAACAUCUGCAGGUACGAGCCCAAGAGAUCCAGUCGCAAAUCAACUACCUGCAGGAACAGCAAGGAGAACUAGAACAACAGAUCCAGAGGAUGAGCUCUCAGCUAAAGGGACAGGAAAAUGAAGUGAAACGUCUGAAGUUGGACGUUUCUAGUUUGGCCGAGCAGUUGCCUCGAUUGAAGGAUCAAGUCGAACGGCAGCAGGCUAGGGUGGCCCAAACCCAUUCCGAUCCGGAGAAAGUUCGAGCUCUGGAGGAACAGGUAGCGGAGUGCAAGGAAACGCACACAAAGAGUAGUGAAGCCGCUAACAAAAUUCAGAAACAGGUUGAUGGAGUGACAAAGAAGAUCAACGACAUCACGAACAGCAAAGUCAAAGAUCUGCAGACCAAGAUCAACAACUUUACCAAGCAGAUCGACAAACUGACGACCAACAUCUCGAAACUGACGGUCGAGGUGAAAACUUCCGAGAGGAACGUGAAGAAAACCGAAGACAAAAUCAAGAACAUGGAAGAUGAGGUGGUCGCAGCGGAGCAGGCCAUCCGCGCCGGAUGUGACGAGCGGGAAGCGCUGGAAAAAGAAGCCAGCGAUUUGAAGCAGGAAAUCGACGAACUGAAGGUAGAAAUCGAGAAGGCCCACGAAGGGUCAUCGAGCAUCAAGAAGGAAAUCGUCGCCAUCCAGAAGAAGGAGGCGGAAGGCAAGAUGAAACGGCUUGAGUUCGAGCAGAUUUUGCAGUCGAUCGAGAAGAAGCUAAGCGAGGUGAAGGACACCAUUCCGCAUUGGAAGAAUAAGCUGAAACCGUUGAAACUGCACGAAAUCCCCGGCGAACCAACUCCGGAGCCCCUGAAAGAAUACACCGAAGAGGAGCUCAACAGCUACAAACUCUCCGACCUGCAGUACCAGUUCUCCAUCCAGGAGGAAAAACUCAACGCCAGUAAACCGAAUCUCUCCGUCAUCGAGGAGUUCCUGAAAAAGCAGGAAGCCUACCUGCAACGGGUGGCCAUUCUGGAGGAGAUCACCGCCAAGCGAAACGAAAUGCGUCAACUGUACGACGACGUGCGGAAAAAGCGGUUCACCGAGUUUAUGCAAGGGUUCCACAUCAUUACGAAAAAACUGAAGGAGAUGUACCAGAUGAUCACGCUGGGUGGCGAUGCCGAACUCGAGCUGGUCGACUCGAUGGAUCCGUUUAACGAGGGUAUCGUGUUUAGCGUGCGACCGCCGAAAAAAUCUUGGAAGAUGAUCUCCAAUCUGUCCGGAGGCGAAAAGACGCUCUCGUCGUUGGCGCUGGUGUUUGCCCUGCAUUAUUAUAAGCCGUCGCCGUUGUACGUGAUGGACGAAAUCGAUGCCGCGUUGGAUUUCAAGAAUGUUUCCAUCGUCGCUCAUUACAUUAAGGAACGAACGAAAAACGCCCAGUUUGUUAUCAUUUCGCUUCGGUCGAACAUGUUCGAACUGUCCGAUUACCUGGUCGGAAUCUACAAGGUGACCGAUUGCACCAACUCGGUAACGAUCCAGAACGAUCCGCCCAAGUUCCACCAUUCAUCCACCCAGCAGCAGUCGCAGUCGUUCUUCAAUCCCAAUUUGAGCCUUCAGUCGGACCCGGGGCUCGAUCAAUCGGUGCCCAAGGAUGAGAAGAAGAAAACGGAAGAUUCGCUGGAGCAAAGUGACUCCCAGAAGGAAAACGUACUGGAACCAGUGCAGCAGCAGCCGAUGGAGGUCUCUGUCGAGGCCAACUAAAGAUAAGUAAUUGUAUUCUAUUGAUUUAUUUUGAUGUUCGUAUUUAAUUUAAAUUUUCAUCCAUACAACACUGACUACUAGUUACAUGUGUGUUCUAGUGUAGGGUCAAAGCGUUCACAUUUCUACAAAUAAUUAACGACAUUUUUGUGUGACCAAGUACAAAGCAAUA